ACUUGUCACGUGGUUUAAAAACUUGAUGGAGGUGGCGCGGAAACUUGUCUGCCGCAUGCUUUGAUUUUUAUUCAAUUUUUCUUUUGUAAUUAACUUGUUUGGAUAAAACACUGCGAUCUGUUAUGAGUGGGUUGGAGGUGAAGUUUAUUGGGGAUAAGGAUGUCCUGGAGCACAUCGUGGACAAACAGGAGGGGACACAAGCCAGCAGUAGGGCUGUCCAGAAGAUGGUCACUUUCAAGAGUCCCGCGGGGAGACGCAACAAAGACCAGAAUGGUGAAGAAAAUGUGGAUGAGAACGGGCAACUGAACGAAAAUUAUAUACAGGCUUUAGCAGCAGAAGAUGAUGAUGAGGGUCCUGUGUCUUCUGUAGCAGGCUCUUCCAUUUUCACCUUUCAGAAAAGUAGACGUGGCCACAGUAUGGCUCAAACAGCAAGUGAAUUGGCUCGUACCCCUGGAAAGAGUGUAACAUUCAACACAGCACCCAGUGAACCAUCUACUCCAACUAGAACAGGACGACAUGCCAAAGGAGAAGCUCGAACACCACAGAGGAACAAAAAAAGACAGUUUGUUUCCACUACACCUCACAGACUCAGGAAGAGAAUGACAACCCCAAGCCUGCAAUCGGACAGUGACAGUGAGCUCUCCCCCUCUGACUCUGGAGAAGAACAGGAGGAGGAUGAAAAGAUGGAGUCCACAAAGAAAGAGAAGGAGAAUGUGAAGGCACCUCAGACUCCAAGUAAAGGCUUAUCAGCAGCUCUUUACAAAACUCCAGCCAAGAAGACCAAGAAUGCACCUGAACCUGCACAUCAGCCCAGCAUGGUGGAGGAGUACUUUGAAGCCCACGGCACUUCAAAAGUGCUGACAUCAGAUCGGACCCUUGAGAAACUGAGCACCCCUAAACUUGACAGAGAGACAUUAAUUCGACUUUUAGAGGGAAAACCAUCAAGUUAUGCAAAAGAAAUUCAGGUGCUUCAUAAGAAACAUUGCCAGCAUUUUAGCAAAUGGAUGUUGCAGCUGCAGUUAGGGUUUAGUGUCCUUGUUUACGGAUUAGGAAGCAAAAAAUCUCUGCUGGAGGAUUUCCGGACCUCUCAACUAUCUCAAGAUACUCACCUUGUGAUCAAUGGUUUUUUCCCUUCUAUUACCCUAAAAUCAAUUUUAAAUGCUUUGACAAGUGAGGUUCUUGAACAUCAUGGAAGUUUCCGAACUCCUACAGACCAGAUUCAGUUCAUCUCUCAAGCCCUUAAAGAUGAUCCAGAUCUCCAUGUGUAUGUUAUUAUUCACAAUAUUGAUGGACCAAUGUUGCGCGGAGAAAAAACUCAGAGCGCACUGGCACAGCUCGCUUCUCUGCCCAAUCUGCACCUUGUUGCUUCUAUUGACCAUAUCAAUGGCCCACUAGUGUGGGACCAGUUUAAGCAGAGUCAGUUUAACUGGUUGUGGUGGGAGUGUGUUACAUUUCAACACUACACAGAAGAGACCUCGUAUGAAAACUCCCUCUUGGUGCAGCAGACGGGGGCUUUGGCUUUGUCCUCCCUCACUCAUGUGCUACGAAGUUUGACACCAAAUGCAAGAGGAAUUUUCAAAUUGCUGGUAAAAUUUCAGUUGGAAAACAAAGACAAUCCAUCAUAUACAGGAUUGUCCUUCCAAGACUUUUAUCAGCGCUGUCGAGAGGCGUUCUUGGUGAACUCUGAUCUGACGUUGAGGACCCAGUUGACUGAGUUCAGAGAUCAUAAACUGAUUCGCACACGAAAGGGUGCAGAUGGAGUGGAGUAUUUGAUUGUCCCUGUUGAGGCAAAUACGUUGGUGGAUUUCCUGGAAAAUGAGCAGACUGUAUAAAUGUACCAUCUGAAAUAAUGAACAUGAACUGAUAUCAUUAUGAAUAGCCCCAAAUAAGAACUGUAGCUCCAAAGCACUUUGGAAUAAAUUAUAUUUAAUGUACCAAUACCUUCUCUUAAAUGUAAAAUGCAGUGUUUGCAUGUGUCUAUGUACACCCAUUUGUGUGAAUAAAGACAAGAUACACUG